CAAACUUAAUUCCCCCUCACACAUUCCCUUUUCCUGCAUAACUCUUCUUCUUUUCAUUGUUACUUAUAUAAAGUAUAAACUGAAACUGGAUUUUACAAGUGUGUGCUGUGUGCAUGUAGCUAAGUGCUACUUGGUUGGUCAGAAAAACAAAAACAAAGUGUGGUUUGAAGUUACUAGCAAUUCCCAUAGUCAAUUCUGACAUCUAGAAGCUACUUCCAGAAGUUUUUUUCCCAGAAUUGAUUCUGGCUCUAGAAUCAAUCCUCUAAAGAUUUCCAAACACACUACAUAUAUAGGAACUUUAAUUGUAGAGGUUUAGAGGGAGUUGGGUUGAUUUCUAUUUUUGGAAGAUAUUAGGUAGCAAAGCCUUUGAGUUGGAACAAUGAAUCUAUCACAGCCCUUAGUUGAGAAACUAACAACAUUGAUGACCUCUGAUCAUGCUUCAGUUGUCUCUAUCACUCUAUUUGUUGCUCUUCUUUGCACUUGCAUCAUAAUUGGUAAUUUGUUGGAGGAGAAUCGUUGGAUCAAUGAAUCCAUCACUGCCCUCCUCAUUGGUCUCUGUACUGGGGUUCUUAUACUGUUUACAACCGGAGGAAAAAGCUCUCAUAUAUUAGUUUUCGAUGAAGAUCUUUUCUUUAACUACCUUCUCCCUCCCAUCAUUUUCAAUGCUGGGUUUCGGGUCAAGAAGAAACAAUUUUUUCGCAACUUUAUGACCAUAAUGCUCUUUGGUGCAAUUGGUACAUUGAUAUCAUUCUGCAUCAUAUCAUUAGGUGCCAUACACUUUUUUGAGAAACUAGGUAUUGGUUCCCUCAGUAUUGGAGACUAUCUAGCAAUUGGAGCAAUAUUUUCUGCAACAGAUUCUGUUUGCACAUUGCAGGUUCUUAAUCAGGAUACAACACCUUUACUAUACAGCCUGGUCUUUGGGGAGGGGGUAGUAAAUGAUGCUACCUCUGUAGUACUCUUCAAAGCAAUUCAGAAUUUUGACCUCUCCCACAUUGACUUAACCACUGCUUUACAAUUAAUUGGAAAAUUUUCAUAUUUAUUCAUUGCAAGCACUUUACUUGGAAUCUUGGUUGGAUUGCUUAGUGCAUACAUUAUAAAAAAGCUUUAUUUUGGGAAGUUGAUAAGGCAUUCUACCGUGCGUGAGGUUGCUCUCAUGAUACUCAUGGCAUACCUUUCAUAUAUGCUAGCUGAACUGUUUUCUCUAAGUGCCAUUCUGACUGUGUUCUUCUGCGGCAUUGUUAUGUCUCACUACACAUGGCAUAAUGUGACAGAAAGUUCAAGAGUGACAACCAAGCAUGCUUUCGCUACUUUGUCAUUCAUUGCUGAGAUUUUUCUCUUCCUUUAUGUUGGGAUGGAUGCACUAGAUAUAGAGAAGUGGAGAAUAGUAAGUCAAAGCCCAAGAAAAUCAAUUGGGGUGAGCUCAUUGCUGUUGGCACUUAUCCUAGUGGGAAGAGCUGCAUUUGUUUUCCCUUUGUCCUUCUUAUCCAACUUGUUUACGAAGUCUCCAUCUGAGAAAAUUGAAUUCAAGCAACAAGUAACAAUUUGGUGGGCUGGUCUCAUGCGUGGAGCUGUUUCCAUAGCACUUUCCUACAAUCAGUUUACCAAGCUAGACCAUACUAAGUUGAGUGAGAAAGCCAUCAUGAUCACUAGUACCAUCACUGUUGUACUCUUCAGCACAUUGGUGUUCGGAUUGAUGACAAAGCCACUAGUGAGGUUAUUGCUUCCUUCGUCGAAAUACAUACUCAUCAUACAAUCCCCACCACCGACGCCAAAAUCAUUGACUCUGCCACUUCUUGGCAAUGUACAUGAUUCAGGUGACACCGAAAAUGGGACUCAACCAAGCAACCUGCACCACUAUUGGCGCAAAUUUGAUGAUUCUGUCAUGCGACCCGUCUUUGGUGGGAGGGGUUUUGUACCUUAUGUUCCUGGUUCACCCGUUGAAUAAAGUGUUCAUCAAUGGCGUUAAGUAAAGUACAGUUGAAGAAAACGUAACAAGAGACUAGGACUUGGUAAAUUCGGCUUUGGUUGUGCAGUUGUCAAUAGUUAGAAGAUUUCAACUUCAGAUGAUACCAAAAGAGAAAAAUAAGGAAGUUAUUGAAGGAAUAUAACACGGUUUUUUCUUCACCUUUUUUGGCUGACAUAGGGAAUGGGUGUUGUUUGCUUGAAGUUAAAUUGUAACUUGAUGCUGGUCAGGUGAUCCAAUUUUUUUGUGUGCAUAGAUGUUUUGGAUGAAAAUGUCGUGACAGUUAAUUUAGUUUUUA